ACGGGUGUAAGGGGUGGAUGGGUGGAAAGGUAGGUGCGAACAAUAGUAAACUCGGCGUACAGGCUAUUUCGAGACGCACUGGCAAGCGUUGGAGAGUGCGCGCCGAAGCCCGCCUUAGAGCUUCACAGGAGAUGCCGUCGCCGUGUGUGUGUGUGGAGGUGGUGGUGGUGGUAGUGGUGGUGGAGGAGGCGGGGAUGGGGGACAGCUCGGCUCGCAGGGUGGCGGUGAAUGGCUGGCUGGGAGGAGGAGCAUAAAUUAUUCACCGGGAGGCGGGGGAAAAGCCCUCGCCAGUCACGUGACCCUGGCCAGAGGUCUUUGAAGCGUGCCGCGCUAGAGACGGGUUUAGUUGACAGCAAGCCUUUGGCCGGGCGUGUGUGUGUGUGCGCGCGCGCGCCCGUGUGUGUGUAGUAGUUGUAGUCGCAGACCAAGGGCUCCCGAGACGCUAGAGGAGGAGGAGGGUUCGUGGUGUGUUCGGCUUUCUCACCGUUCAUCCCCCCCGCUGCUCCACCACCACCAGCCCUUGGUGCAUCCUCCGCCCUUUUCGGAGUACUAACGUGCAGUCACCGCCGACCCUUGUAGUAGCACCGUGCUGUACUGCGACUUGUGUGUGUGCCGGCGACUACCACCACCUUCUGUCGACAGCUGCGGCAGGUUUGUGAAGUGGCCUGCUGUGGCUACUGUUGUUGGAGGCGGUGGUGGUGAUGGUGUUUACGCUUGUGGAGUCGACGAUGUUGCCCGUUGUGGGAUGUGUCGUCGUGCUGGCUGCAGUGUGUUCUUCUGACGGCCACUGCGGAUAGGGAAGCCAGCGCUGUCCAGUUGGAUGUGUACUGUGCUGCUGCUGCUGCUGUGAUCGCCGAGUGAAACAACCGCACGCCUUCCACACAAACAAACACACAAACACACAAACAUACACUCAGCGUCGUGAAGGUGUUCUUCACUGUCGUCCUCCUAGUCACACCCACCUCUACCACCAUCUCAAAACCCCAACCACCACCAACCAAAGUGUCUGCCUCGACGGCAGCUGGUGUGGUGGCCAGCACAACAACGACACCCCCACCAACAAGAACAACGUGCGACGAGCGGCAGGCCGCGGCGGCUGAGGAUGCGGCGGCGACGCCGCGCCCAGGAUGCUAGGGACAGGGAUGCUACCGCAGCCGCUUACCGCGCACCAUGCCCCGUUUAGGCGGCGCGGCUGCCACUACGCCCGGAGCGCGGAGGUCGAGCUGCCGCGGAGGUGGAUCGCCGCUGGUGAGGGUGGUGGUGGUGGUGUUGUUGUUGUUGCUGGUGUCGACGAGUCCGGCCAAGGCCAUGGAGCUGGCGAUCCUGGAGACUGUGUUGUACACCCCGGUCCACAACGGCGACUACGUCACGCAGUCCUACAAGCUGACCGGCCUCUUCUCACCUUCUGGGACCGCCGUCAGUGCCGAGGGUCGCAUCAUACAGCUGCACCCUCUUGGCCUCUGCAACACCAACGAUUAUGACGAGCGUUACGGCUUUGGCUGGGUGGGCGUGGUCAAGCUGGAGCGACCGGAACUGGAACCGGAGCCAUGUCUCUCAGUCUUCGGCAAGGCCAAGAGAGCGCUUCAAAGGGGGGCAACCGCUGUUGUGCUGGACAUCACGGACGACCCCAAUGCAGCAGAACUGCUGAAGGACUCCUCGGACACGCUUGGCCGUCCUGUGGUCAUCACGCGGGGAGCGGACGCCGUCAAGCUCAUGAACAUCGUCAACACUCAGUCCGAAGCACGCAUCCGCAUCAUCCACACCAAGGAGCAGGACAACGAGGAUGUGGAGAUCAGCCGCAAGGAAUAUUUUGGAAUGGGUAUCUUCGUUGCUGUCUUCCUGCUCUUCUGUUUGAUCUGUGUCAUCGUGUUGCUGAAGUCAAAAUGGAGGAACAGGGAGAGACAGCUGUCGGUGACCAACCUGGCCAAACGCAUGAUCGCACAGCUGGGAACCCGGAAGUACGAGCACACGUGCCCCAAGCGCCCUCACGUGCCCCGCGCCUCCAACUCGGACACGAGCGUGCACAGUUCUGUGUCGGAGAGCUGCGCCAUCUGCCUGGACGGCUACCACGAAGGCCAGAUCCUGCGCGUGCUGCCCUGCGAUCACGAGUUUCACCGCACGUGCGUUGACCCCUGGUUGGAAGCACACGGCACGUGCCCGCUGUGCAAGGUCCACAUUGCUGCGCACGUGCGGAUUUCUCCGGAGAACGUGGACGUGGAGAACAAUCGCCAGCCGGAGCCGCCCACCCUUCAGCCCGAGUCCGCCGCGGACCUGCCGCGCCGCAUGGAGCCUCCGCCACCUGUGCCGCGCUUCCCGCCGCUGCUGCUACCGCCUUCCCAGCGCAGCCUCCGCGCCUCGCGCUGCUCGCUGCCUCAUCAGCAGACGGACUGCACCUCUCUUCACCUGUACGCCGGUCACCGGAGGGUCGCGCGCGCCACGUGCGCCUCCUGCGACCCCGCGGUAACCCAGGCCUUGACCUCUGCUGAUUCGUAUCUGCGAGAAAGCUCGACGACCCGGUCUCUCUUGCCAGCGCGGUAUGCAUCGACGUGCACACACGUGCAGGAGUUCUCCAUUCCCCACCUUCGCUCGUCUAGCUUCUCCGCGGAAAACGAGACCUUGGUGGCACGUGCGUCCAGGAACACACUGGUCGUGGUCGGGACCACCCGGGAGUCGGUCGCCUCAUGAGGGGAGGUUCAAGGCAGCAGGACCCCACUGCGACUG